AUGUUUGUUGAAAAGUUUGACAAAACACCAGUUGAUAUCGCAAUCAGAAAUAAAAGAGCCGAUAUUCUGGAACUUUUACAGUCUACAAGUAACAGCUCUGUACAGCACGUCAAUCCCGUGACGAUAAUUGAGGAAGUCAUAACAUCAGAAGCAAUCAAUAAUACAGAGUUAUUCAGCAGUACUGAAAAAAAUAUUGACCAAAUAAACCAAUUAACCGAUAAAAGUCCCUCUGAAACAUUAACAUGGCUAGACAAUCCAGCUUUAAAUGUCAUUUCGGUGAAUGCCUUACAAACUAGUUUGGAUGCCAGCCAGAUGUUUAUUCUCACAGAAGCUGGUAAAUUGGCUUUAAAAACCGUUCAAAACUGUGACUUAGAUGAAGCGAAAAUAAAUUAA